AUGGGAUUAUGGAGGAAACGUAUUGUAGCAUAGCAUUGGUGGUCUGAAAACUGCAUUUUACUGCUGCAAUAAGGAGCUUUUGAUGACGAUAAUGCGAGGUGGAGUCUUUUAACUGCAAAGAGGGAAAGUUCGGCUAGACAGAGAGUGCAUUUUGAAUCUAGAUCCACUCUAUUGUAAUCCCAUCGACUGAUCUACGAGCCGUCAUUUUUCUCCGCAGUCCUCCAGAAGUUCCUUCUAGGAAUGCAGCAAUUUAACUGUGUUUGUUGAAUUGCCAUGGAAAGUGGGAGAAAAGGAGGCGCAGGACCAAGCGGUAGCUACCGGCGCAUCAUACCACCUUUGAACGACACCGACUCGGACUCAUCGUUGGAGUACUGGGAGGAGAAGGGCCUGAACGAGAGCAGUUUUUCGCCUAGAAUGAAACAGCCGUACGUCAAGAAGGAGCGAAUUGAUCCUGAGGAGGAAUUGGUCUCGGCCGCCUGCAUGCAACGCAUAGUGUACAAAGUGAAGAACAACCCUGAGCCAGAACGACCGCCUCGCAACGAAGCUUCGACAGGGACCAACGGUGGCCCAGCUUCUGGCACUCUUGCUCCAAUCUCUACCACGUCUUCUGUGGCUUCGGUCAGCAGCGAGUCAUCUGGAAGUAGCGCUACCACCAAGUAUACGGCGCCCACCUUCAGGAACAGGAUGUUUGUCAACCUAGGAAAGUUGACCCUCACCCCAGCUGAACUAGUCCAGAGGGAUAUUUUGCGCUCGCGUGCUGAGGCUCGUUACGUCAAGAGGAGUGCAGACAUCUCAAGUGAACCUGCAAUCCUGCCUCCCAUGACUGAUGCCGAGAACUCGACAUGUGACCACAGUUACGCUACAAACCAGAGAGAUGGAUCUCCUCCCGUCGUCAUCAACGCCAACAAUCAUUCCACACCAAUCCUUUCCCUCACCCGUCCAACUACCAUCCCCUCGUCCACAGACACCCCAGUUCUGGACACCACCGCCUCCCCUCCACCGGCCAAACGCUUGAGGAUGUCUGACGAAGGCAGCGGCCUCAACAGCAACAUUUUGUCCAUGAUCGAGUGUCCUGUGUGCCUCGAGUACAUGGGGCCGCCAAUUCACCAGUGCCGACGAGGCCACCUUGUGUGCAGCAGCUGCCGCGCCCAACUGGUCAACUGUCCUACUUGCAGGUCGAGGUUCACAGAUUUGAGGAACUUGGUGCUGGAGCGAAUUGUUGAAAUGAUCAGAUACCCCUGCAAGCAUGACAAUUGCUGUGAGAUGUACCUUUUGAAGAAUAAAGGACACCAUGAACUGAACUGCCAGCACAGGCGCUACACUUGCAUGGCGCAGGGCUGUGACUGGCGAGGUGUUCACUCUGAACUGGUUCCUCACGUUCGAAGCGUGCAUAGCGGACUGAUCCACGACGGAAACCACAUUGUCAUUUCAUUCCCUAUCCAAAUGUUGGCCAACUCAAGUCGCAACUAUGUCCUGCACGCUUUCAACGAAAUGUUUCGUGUCAACUUUCAACGCGGUCCUGGAAACACCCUGGUUCAUGGUGCGGUCAUCUACCUUGGACCGAUAGACAACGCAAAGAACUUCACUUUCCAGUUUAAGAUGGAGAAAGAGAAAGAUGGGAUUGAGCGUGGAAUAACCUUCAAAAGGACGGUUCUGUCCGACGAGCAAAAACCUUCCAACUACUACAACAAAAGUGAGGCGUUCUCUGCCACGGUGGACAUGCUGCGUUUAAUCUCCACUAGCAAAGGCAAGGUUCAUGUCACUGUGCUUAUUGAAAGGAAGAUCAGCAAGAAGGAGGACUCGUGUGUUCCUUCCAUUGCUGGCAACGAGAGCAAUGACGACCCGGAAGAAACUGAAGACAAGUAAACUGAAUUCACUGAAUCAUCAACCUUAUAAGUCGACUUCGUACACACUAUUUUUUAUGAUUUUGCUACUGUGAGAACUUCUUCAUUUUAUAAAAAAUCUGUAUACCUCUUUUUUAGUUAUUUACGUGGUUUAUAAUAAUUAUAAUGUUCUGUUGCUCAGAAAUCUUUAAUACCUUCCAUAUUAAUUGACACUAACAACCACUUUGUACAGUUGUGAUGCAAUUUUGUGUUCUUAAUUAGUGCCACCAAAUUCUGGCUAAUGUCCCGAGCUUUUCUAUUGCAUUGAAAAUGAACGAUUAAAUAAAAAUAAAUCAAUAUGUUAUCUGCCAAAUAAAUUAUCAAUUAUCUGAGAUUAAAA